AUGAUUCCAGAAGGUUCUUCUUCAGGUCUGACUAUGAAGGAGAAGAAUUACAUUCCUGUGGAUAUUACAGGGAGUCCUACGCCUCCCCUUGUUGCAGAGAUCCCAGAAAUUGAAGCUUCGUCUCCUCGCAAGUUGGAGGAACCUGCUUUAGUACCACAAAAUAAUAUGUUUGCGGUUCUACAGGAGAUUGACGAUGAUGAUGAUGUUGAAAAUGAACGAGUCUUGGCAGAAGAUGAUGAUGGAGUUGAGAAUGUCUUUACUGAGGAAAGAGAGAAUAAUCAGUUGACCAUUAGUCGUAGUGAUGAUAAUCUGAAAACUGUAGCUCCUGACAAGCAAUAUUUUCCGGAUGAUUCUUUUGUGCCAACGCAAGUUAAUCGUGAAGAGGAGGAUCAUAUUACUGAUGGAGUUUGGUCAGGAGGGGAAAAAGAUGCUGAUGAAGUAAUUGUCAAUGACCAAGUCGCACUUUCUGUUAAAAAAAAGUGCGGUCGGAAGUCAAAGGAGGAGAAAGCUAAUAUGAUAGAAGUCCUUGGACAAAUACUCUGGGAAUUCGUGCUAGAUUUUGCAGCUAUUGAUGAGUUUAAUCAGUGUGUAGAAGUGACUAACCUAAUGGAGGUUUCUCCUAUUGGUGAUGACUUCACUUGGGGCGGAACAAGGAAUACAGGAUGGGUAAGCAAGAAGUUGGAUUGGAUUCUCUUCUCCCCGGAAUGGACUGAUGUGUUUCCAAAGGUUUCUGUGGAGCACCUGAGCCGGACAACGUCUGAUCACAACCAUCUGUUGCUGCAAUUUGAUGUUCAAACGGAGAGCAAACCAAGAUUGUUUAGACUCCAGAAAAUGUGGCUUAGAAGGUCUAAUUUUAAGGAGAUGGUCCAAGCAAGCUGGUCACAGCCGGUUGGAAGUUUUGGAAUGUUGGCUUUUUCUAUGAAGCUUAGGCGGCUGAAAUUGGUCCUUAAGGAAUGGAAUAAAACACAAUUUGGUGAUGUCGUUUAG